AUGGCGGCCGUCCUUGGAGCGCGGAUGAAUCAAACGAUGAUUGAGGUGCAUUCACUGAAAGUCGACCGAUGCGUAUUGUGGACAGAUUCGCGUACAGUUUGGAGUUGGAUCCGAUCUGAUCAGCAUAGAUACAAACAGUUUGUUGCGUUUAGGAUCGGAGAAAUUCUGGAACUUACGAAGACGACGGACUGGCGUUGGGUCCCAACGAAGCAGAAUGUAGCGGACAUUUUGACGAAAUGGCAUCGCAGUAGCGAUCUGGAAAGUGAAGGCGUAUGGUACACGGGCCCCACAUUCCUGAAUGAACCCGAAGAUCAAUGGCCUGCUCUGGAGGUACCAAUCGAGAAGACGUGUGAAGAAGCCAGAGGACACCUAAAUUUUCACGGCGUGGUUGAGGUGGAACGGUGCUCGAGAUGGAAGACACUGCAAAGAGUGAUGGCAUACGUGAUCCGAUUCAUAGACAACUGUAAGCGAAAAGUGGCGAAGCUUUCGAUAGUUACUGUUAAGUCCGAGCAGCGCCCCCUCGAGCGAGACGAGUUCCGGCGAGCGCAGAUCAUUCUGUGGAAGCAAGCCCAACACGAAGCCUUCCCGGAUGAGAUGAGCAUCCUCACCAAAAACCUGGACCAACGACCGGGUGAAUCUCCGGCAACGGUGCGGAAAAACAGUUCCCUUUACAAACUGACGCCUUUUCUGGACGAAGACGGCGUGUUGCGUUUUGGCGGAAGAAUGGAGAGGGCAGAGAACAUGCCGUACGAUAAAAAAUUCCCAAUCAUCUUGCCGCGAAAGCAUGCGACCACGGAGAAGCUGAUUCAAUCCUAUCACGAGAAAUAUGGGCAUGCCAACCGUGAAACUGUGAUGAACGAACUCCAACAACGAUUUUGGAUUCCAAACGCUCGUACUGCGAUCCGACAAACGACGGUAAAAUGCGUAUGGUGUAAGGAACACCGUUGCCAGCCACAUGUCCCGAAGAUGGCGCCUCAUUCGACGCAGCGAGUUACACCCUACCAACGGCUGUUCAGCUCGGUCGGUAUCGACUAUUUGGGUCCGAUAGAAGUGACGGUUGGACGCAGGAGAGAGAAGCGAUGGGUAGCGGUAUUCACUUGCCUGGCCAUUCGAGCAGUUCACCUGGAAGUGGUGCCUAGGCAGACAACGCAAUCUUGA